AUGGGAUCUGCUGCCUCUAAACCAGAAGCCAAGGUAUUUACUCCCUCGGCGCCCGUCGACUUGUCGGCCUCGUUCUUGGCCCACUUGGAAAACUCCCAGGAAUCAGACUACACCCGCUCCCAAUAUACCGAAAGCUACAUCCAGGAGCGUGUGGCCAAGGAGUUGACUCGCUUGGAGGCCGAGGCUAUUGGCAAGUUCAAGAAGACCGCCUCCGACGCCGUUUCGAAGGACAAUGGAAGUAAGGUUUCGGUGGCCUCCACCAACGAUAAGAUCGAGGCGCUCACCAAGUCUUUGCGCGAGAGCUCGGAGCUGGUGCGUCUUGAGCUUUCGGAGAACGUCCAGAAACUGAAGCUGGCUGUGCUCCAGUGUUUGAAGGAUAACCAGGGCAAGCCCUUGAACUGUUGGGAUGAGGUGACUGAGUUUAAGAAGUUGGUGCACGGCCUCUAG